CCUUCCUAUUAUAUAACACACCACACACCCUUCGUUUCAUUCCCACAGUCCCAAACAACACACUCAUCAACCUAAAAACAGAAGAGAAUCUGAGCCAACAAUGAGUGAAACAACAGCAAGAGAUUCUUCAGUUUAUGGUGUCAUGGCAAGUUGGUUCACACCCUCCUAUCUCUUCAUCUUCAUCAACCUUGUCAUCGGAACCAUAGCCAUCACCUCUCGUUUCACCAACACAGCAAAACGCCAACGCCAACACCAACUCAUCCGUUCUCCCUCUUUGUUAAACAGAUUCACAUCCUUCAACUUCCGUUAUCACAAACAUCAUGAAACGACACCAACGUUAACGCCUCACAAUCACAACGUUGUUGUGGAGCCUGUCCAGACUCUACACUCGUCCCGCCCGGUUCAAAUUAAAUCCCUCGAUACGACUGAGACCGGAGAAGAGGAUGAAGUUAUUAAAAGUAAUAAUAAUAACUCACCCCAGUUGGACCGGGUUCCGUCUUCGUCGUUGCUAGACCGGAUUAGGUCUUUCAGUUUUCGUAGAACAGAAAGUGAAAGAUCCGACCCGGUCCAAAAUUCUGACUCUGGAAUGAAUAAUCUCGUACGAACUCCAUCUUUAUUGGAGCGUGUUAGGUGUUUUAGUCUGGAUUUAGGUAAAGUGGAGAAGGAAAGUUGUGACUCGGUUCAGCAGCAAUUGAGCCGUGGUCCUUCGUUUCUCCAGCGGCUCAAGUCCUUGACCUUUGACAGAUCGGAAUCCGAAGCUGAGGUGAGGGACGGUGGGGAGUCGGUGGAGGAAAGGGAAGAAGAGGAAGGGGUGGACGCCAAGGCUGAUGAUUUCAUCAACAGGUUUAGACAGCAACUCAGGUUGCAGAGGCUUGACUCUAUUCUACGUUGCAGGGAUAUACUCACACGAAACUCAUAACAACAAGUGAAAAGAGAAGAAGAAACUCUUUGGAUUCAAUAUUAUUCCAAGGAGAAGAUCACUUUUUUCCGAAUGUUUCUUGUUUGAACACGAGAAUUUGGCUACCUGGUGUGUUGUUUGUAAUCUGUAUUUGUAAACCGUUGCUGUUUUUGUUUUGUUAUUCGAAAAGAAAAAUUUAAUCUAUGUGUAUAGCAAGCAGCUAGCGAUAAUCUUUUGAAUGGAAACAAUUUUUAAAGAUGAAGUCUGAGGUUUUUUCUUUUAGCGAUAUUGUUGUUAGUUUCUUGGUGAGUGUUGGAGAGGGUGCUGUGUACUAGGUUAUUAAUUUAUCUGGUGUUAGUCUCAUCGCUUGUACUAA